AUUCUCGGCGGCAAGCCCUGAACGCCAACACGGUCUUUGCCCUUAUGCACUCCCUUCUGUCUUUGCCUCGUGAAAUUCGCGAUCAAAUCAUCGAGCAAGUCCUUCUCUUUCGUAAAGAACCUCCACAGGACCCUGCACAUGACAAUGAGUCGCGACAAGACGCAAUUGGGCAGGGCGCGCUGAGGCCGCCAACCAUAUUACCAAGCACAUACAACGCUCUCGGGUUGCUCGAAACCAAUAUUCAGCUAAAAGAUGAGACGCAGAGCCGUUUGGAGCAGCUCAAUCUGUCAUACUCACUCGAUGUUAUGGUCGUCGAUAACGAGCUUUGGCCUACUUGGACAUGCUGCCCUUCACGAGUACCUGGUCCGAUCGACACGGUCAACGUGUCACUGCGCUUCUUCAGCAAAGGGAAUGAUCCAUACAUGGUACAUGUUGCGCGCACAUGUUGGGCGAUCUUGCAAGGUCGCAAAUGGACGAAUGCCUCUUUACACCCACUGGCCGAGACCUUUCUACAUAUUCGCGACGUUUGUCUGCAGCCCGGCUCGAAGGACGCCAAGAUCGGAGCCCUUUGCUUUAAUGCAGCUACAUCGAAUCGUCUGGAUAAUACUACAAGUUCAGCGCCGUCAGAGCCUCUGUCGAGCGUCGGCCUGAAGUCUUUGUUUGGAAAGCAUCGCUCUCUAUGGAACUCAUUCCGCAGCAUUCAUCAAUAUCAAUUCGCCAGCACUGGAGAAGCAAGGAGACUUGAGCUUGUGGCGUCACUUAAGAUCAUGGUACUGUUGUUCCUGCAAGAAGCAUGGGAGGAUGAGUGCACUACGUAUACCAGCUACGUUGGACCAUUGGGGUCCGCUUUUCGGAGUGUGCAGGAUGUGCACUUUGCUGUCGAUGGACAAAACCUUGAACAACUAACGUCAAGUGUCCUAUCAACUUGACUUGGGAAUUACUACCAUCGUUCGAGGAAGCAGGCAACAGAAAUUCAGCA